UUUGUGUUCAUUGUGCAGGUGAGCAAACGUUAUCCUUGUUCAUACCACAGUAAUAACGUGUGUUUGAUAAUGCUGGCGUGCCCACGGUACCUCUGUUGUGUUCUUGGGGAUAUUUUACUGUCGCUGAAAAGCCUGCUUUUGUUGUGCGGAGACAUUGAAUCAAAUCCAGAACCAGUUGAAUUGAAAGAUAUAAUGGACAGACUUACCGUAAUUGCAAGCGACGUUCAAGAGAUUAAAACUAGCCAAAAAGAAGUUUGUAGAAGGCUGGAUGCCAUAGGAGUCAAGCUUAAAGAAAUCGAUAGUGUUAAAGUUGCAUUAAUAAAACAACAUAGGAAAAUUGAAAAACUUGAAAAGAAUUUAAGUACCCUUGUAGAUAAGAUAUACGACUUAGAAAAUCACAGUCGAAGAAACAUUUUAAUAAUAUUCGGACUAGAAGAAACAGAAAAUGAGAACAGUAAUAGCUUAAGGGCACGAGUAUCUAAAACCAUAAUUGAAGAUAUUCUUCACGUUUCUACGUCUGGAAUCGAAAAGAUUCAUAGACUGGGUAGUCAAACACCCGGAAAAGCCCGACCGGUUAUCCUAAAGCUUCAGGACUUUAGAGAUAAACUAGCAAUACUAAGGAACUGUUCCUAACUGCGUGGCACUAAUUUUUGAAUCAACGAGGAUUUUUCGAAGCGAGUCCAGCUAAUCAGAAAAAAGCUCUUGAAUUGCACUAAAGACAAC